UAGCUGGGAACAACAAAGCUCAGUUGACUUCGGGGCAGUCACAAUUAAAUAUGGCAAAUAUAGCGCUUUUCGCUUUAUCACUCUGCCUUUUCUGCAUUUGCGCCGCCAGCGGUGAGCAGGCGACACCAGACAGUGAGGCCACACAGUUAAGGGCACAAUUAGCUGCGGUAGAGGAAAGUCCCGUUAUUGCGCUGAGCCGUCAAAGGCGUUUCACCUGCAACAGCUGGGCCUGCAAGGCACAUUGCAUCGCGCUCGGCAGAGGAAAUAAUGGUUACUGUAAUCGCCAACACGUGUGUAGCUGCCGCUAGUGAAUGAAUAUUUUCAGCGGUGCGGUGUGGAAGGAAAUACUAUAUAAGUGCUUAUUUACAAUUUUAGCGCGUAAUUUGUUAUCUACUUUUUCAUUUCAUUCAUAAUACAAAUAUUUUAAGAAAACACUCAACAAAA